ACUCCAUAGGACAUUGUAAUACGGAUUACAACAAACAAAGGGAGUCUCUCUCCUCUCCUAGAGAGAGAGUUCUCUCUCGAUCUUUUCCUCUCUUAUCAAUCCAUAUCUUUCAGAGAGGUUAGAGUUGUGUUGAGAGUGAGAGAGGUCUCUCUUUUUGUUCUCCGGUUACGGUCCAUCCGACCGGCUUUCGUCUCCGGCGUUCUCGCGUUCUUCUCCGGCGGAAAACGACUGGCUUUUGACUUUGGGAUGCGGAGUAUUUCUCAGCUCCGUAUCGCCGGCUUUUGGCUCCGCGUCACGCGUCUUUGGUGUUGACGGCGGCUUUUCAUCGGGGUUAUCCCGGUUUAGUCUGGCCGGCGUUUCUGCUCUUCUUCUUCCCAAUCGACUCUCCUUCCUUGACCUCGUCGGUCUGAUUUGCAUGUUGGAAGAUUGAUGGUUAAGGGAUGAUUGAAGACGAUUGAAUCUUUUGGAAAUGGCUGGUCCGGAAGCGAUUUGGCUAACCGUGAAGAAGGCUCUGUCUGAGUUUCUUUCUUCAUCGGCUUCAGUUCUGCUGACGGCGGAAGUCCGUCGCCUCUCCGUUGCAGUGCCGGUGAAAGAUGGCUGACUCUCGCCUUGACACGUGUCUCAGGAUGCUGGGCGUUCGUACACGUGGUGGGCAAGCUGUCAGUUCCUUCCUCAUCCGGUUUUCGUUUUGGGCUUUAGGCCCAGAGCGGUUUGUACAGUCUGACCCGUUUAUUAGGCCUGUUGUCUCUUGUUGUUAUGGAAUGGGCCUAGUUGGGCCUUUUUCCUUUUAAUAAAAUACCAGUGAAAAAAAAAAAAAAAAACCCCAUAGGACCAUCGUCGUCAUUAUAAACUGGAUCAUAAAAUAAAAAUGAUUAAAAGAACUGAUCUACAUAACCCCAAUAGAGAGAGAUACAAAAGAUGAUGUCCUUUAGAAUUCCAAAUAUAAGACCAUGCGCAUUGAGGUAUCAUGCGGGGUUCACGGGCUCGAGUUCAUAGGCCCAAUUGAUUAAAAACACAUAAAAAAAGGGUUUGUUUCGCCGAACCGGGCCUUACGGUUGAACUCGUAAGGGGCGGGUUCAAGCCACGUGUCCUCCUCUCAGUGGCUUCUCCUUUCCGCGUUGGCGAGAGAGAAAGAAGGGUCUCGGCGUCUUGAUUCAUUUCUCUCAUCUCCGUAAAAGCUAGGGUUUUUUUCUCUCUGAGGCGAUUCUCUGUGCGACCUCCAUCUCCGGCGGUAUUCUCCAGCAAAUCCACUCUGGUUUCUCUUCUCCACCUCUUAGGUGAGUAUUGAGUUGAACGGUAGAAUUCUCCACCUCCUCUCCAUCUUUUUGUGUUUCGGUUUUAAAUCGAUUUGGGGAUUUUUUGUUUGAGGGUUUCAAAAUCGAUAGAGGGUUUUCGAUUAAUUGAUGUAAAUCGGCAUGCUCGUUUCAUUAGGGUUAGUUUCUGUGAAAUUUCAAAUCGAUAGAGGGGUUUAGAGGUUAUAUUCACUUCAGUUAGUAACUAAGUAGUGGCUCGUAGUAAUGACCAAAGCGUAAACUCGUUGGUUCUUGGUUAGAUUUCUAGUCGGAAUAGAGUUGUUGUUACCUUGGCCAUACGAUAAUAGGACCAUACUUUAGGCGAUGGAUUGCUUCCAUCGAGCCACUCAUGUAAUAGCGGUAGAGAAUAAUUUGGAUGAUUCCGGUUUUGACUGAACCGGGACAUGUCUUUCUCAUCUUCUUUGUUUCUUACAUGUAAUUGGAACUCGAUUGUUGCAGAUGGAAACUCCCCGAGAACCUCAUUUCUUCAAGCCUCUUCUUCCUGGUUUUCACAGUGGCGUGGCAAUACCACUUGACUUCUACUCAAAACACAUACAAGGGGCUGAGAUCAAUAAACCAUGGAAGCUAAGAUCGGACGCUUCGGAUCAAAUUUGGGAGGUGAUCCGAGAAGGCAGGACACUCACCAAAGGUUGGAAAGAGUUCACCGAAGCACAUGAUCUUCGAAUCGGUGACAUUGUCAUCUUCAAACACGAAGGAGACAUGGUCUUUCAUGUGACUCCUUUUGGUCCUAGCUGUUGUGAGAUUCUGUGGUCCGACGCGGAUGAUGCUCCUACUUUCUCAUACGACUACUGCUUCUUGGCUGAGGUUACUCCUACAAAUCAAAAGGACGACAAAAUGUUUCUUCCUGUGGAAGCUAUGAGGUGUGGUGCUUUGAACCAACAAUGCAAAGAGGUCAAACUUGUCAACAAGGAGGGAAAGUCAUGGACUACGCGCUUCGGAUUUAGCGAAUCAGACGGCGCAUAUUACAUCAGCAGAGGGUGGAGAAAGUUCUGUCGUGAUAACAGAUGCACCAACGGAGAUUUGUUUGUGUUCAACGUGGUUGGAGACGGGACGACAACUCCAUUACUGUGUGUAUGUCCGGAAAGGAAAGAGUGUACUGAACUACUGAUCAAGCACUUCAGCAGAAUCGAUGGUAGCAUUGCUUCUACCUCACGAAAUUAGAUGGCUCUUUUGCGGUCUUUCCUCUCUAUCAUCUUAACUUGUUUCCUUUUGUUUCAUUAGCAACUUAUCAACUUAUGUAUUUCGGUUUGUAAAACUUGAAUGGUUUUUCUAUGUGAACUUUUAUCCUAAGUUAAACAUUCUCGAACUUAAUUCCUUUGUUGAAUGCGUAGACUGAUCAUCGAACAAAAUGUUUCUAUGAAUUGAAUUGA